UGCGGAAGGCACGUGGCCGAUCUUGCCGGCAGAGCUCGUUGGCCGUCCCGGCGGGGCCGGCACUCGUGGAGCGGCGAUGGCGCUGUACAACUUCAAGAAGAUCACGGUGGUGCCGAGCGCCAAGGACUUCAUUGACCUGACAUUGUCAAAAACCCAACGGAAGACGCCAACUGUGAUUCACAAACAUUAUCAAAUUAACAGAAUUCGUCACUUUUACAUGCGAAAGAUCAAGUUUACGCAACAAAACUAUCACGACCGUCUUUCUCAAAUUCUAACUGAUUUUCCAAAACUUGAUGAUGUACACCCUUUCUAUGCUGACUUGAUGAAUGUGCUGUAUGACAAAGAUCACUACAAAUUGGCAUUAGGACAGAUUAACAUCGCAAAGAACCUUAUUGACAAUGUUGCUAAGGACUAUGUACGUUUGAUGAAAUAUGGCGAUUCACUGUACCGUUGUAAACAGCUGAAGCGUGCGGCGCUGGGGCGCAUGUGCACUAUCCUCAAAAGGCAGAAGCAAAGUUUGGAAUAUUUAGAGCAGGUGCGACAGCAUCUUUCUCGUCUGCCAUCUAUUGAUCCCAACACGAGGACUCUGUUGCUCUGUGGGUACCCUAAUGUUGGAAAAUCCAGCUUUAUCAACAAGAUUACUCGAGCGGAUGUUGAUGUGCAACCAUAUGCAUUUACCACAAAGUCAUUGUUUGUGGGACACAUGGAUUACAAGUAUUUGCGCUGGCAGGUGGUUGAUACUCCGGGUAUUUUGGAUCAUCCAUUGGAGGAGCGGAAUACGAUUGAGAUGCAGGCAAUCACUGCACUGGCUCAUCUCCGUGCUGCUGUUCUGUAUGUGAUGGAUGUGUCUGAGCAGUGUGGCCACACUGUAGAAGAGCAACUGGAUCUCUUCAAAAACAUUAGACCUCUCUUUGCCAAUAAGCCCUUGAUUAUUAUUGCAAACAAAUCUGAUAUAAAGAGGAUAGAUGAACUUUCUGAAGAACAGAAGAAAAUCUUCGCAGAUUUGAUGGCAGAAGGAAUCACUGUUACAGAGACGAGUACUUUGACAGAGGAGGGUAUCAUUAAAGUUAAAACUGAGGCUUGUGACAGACUGCUUGCUCAUCGUGUUGAUACCAAGAUGAAAGGUAAAAAGGUGAAUGAUUUACUAAACAGACUCCAUCUAGCUGUCCCAACAAAGAGGGAUCAUAAGGAGAGACCACCCUGGAUACCUGAAGGAGCUACCACACGCAGAAAAAUGGAGGUGGAUGUGCCAAAGCGCAAAUCGGAACGGGACUUGGAGUUGGAGAUGGGUGAUGAUUAUGUUCUGGACCUCCAGAAAUACUGGGAUUUGAUGAAUGAGUGUGAGAAACAAGAUCUGAUACCUGAAAUAUGGGAAGGUCAUAAUGUGGCUGAUUACAUUGACCCUGAAAUUAUGAAGAAACUUGAAAACCUGGAAAAAGAAGAAGAAUUGAAACAAUUAGCAGGGGAAUACGAUUCAGAUUCUGAGAGUGAGGAUGAAGAAAUGAGAGACAUUAGACGGUUGGCUGCUCAGAUACGAGAGAAGAAAAAGAUGCGAAUAUUGAUGUCCAGAGAAAAACAAACCAAAAAAGGUCCCAAAAUGCCCAGAACUGCUAAAAAGAUUGAAAGAAAAACUUUGGAAAAGGAGAUGGGAUCCCUUGGUUUGGAUAUGGCCAACAAAGAUGAGACACACUACGCACAGCAAGCUCGGCGGUCUAGAAGUGUCACCAGGAAGCGCAAGCGUGAAGAAUCUCAGCCACCAACGUCUAAAGCGCGCAGUCGUAGCACUUCUCGUACUCCCCGUGAUGUUUCUGGUGUGCGUGAUGGAAAGAUGCUGAAUAAGGUGAGGAAGAUGAUGAAGAACUCUCAGCAGGGUAUGAAUCGCAUGGGCAAGAAAGGAGAGGCCGACCGACAUGUAUUUGAUCUUAAACCCAAGCAUCUUUUCAUUGGCAAGCGGAAAAUGGGCAAAACAGACCAUAGAUAAAUUAACAUUGUGCAUCAAAUUAUAGGACUUUCAUGUUUGGUCGUAAUGCAUCGGAAGCUUCUCAAAUAACCUGUGAUAAAAUGGUGGAAUGUUACAUCAUUUAGAGUCUUUCAGUCACGAUUGCUCAUCAGAACAUAAUUGUGCCUUUAAUGAUUCAUAUAUAAAAAGAAUUUGAGUGUUAAAUUCUGAAGACUUUUUAUUAGAUGAUGUGCAUUAUAUGUAAUAUUUCUUAGAAAAAUAUAAAGUAUGUAAAAGAAAUAAAGAUUAGGACAGCAAAUGUCUGUUUUGAAACUAAAAGUAUAACUUGGGAAGAACUGGCAGAACUCUACUCUGAAGUAUGCCAAGUAGAAUCAAGUGAUCACUUUUAAUGGGAUUUUGAUUUCCUGCCUAUAAUUUUUUCUUAAUGUACAUUGUAAACAUGACUAUAAAUUCUUGCAUUUAUGAACUUAACAAAAUGUCUUGUGUUGAAUGAAUGGACCUGCUAUUCAAAGUGGGUUAGUUUAAUGAUCAGAAGUAAAGCUAUUAAAUAAUUUUGCCCAUCCAUUGGAUUACAAUAUAUUUACAAGGUACCUUUUGUAUUAACUUCAGUACAGUUUUUGUUGUUCUGAUUAUUUUGGAGGAUCUUGUUUUUCCCUGCUUUGGAGUUGCAGAUAUGGGUACUGGCUGCUUUGUUCUGGAUGGUGUUGAACUUCUUGAGAAUUGUUGGAGCUGUACUUUUGGGUGAAGAGUAUUUCAUCACAUUCGUGCCUUGUAGAUGUUGGAAAAGGCCUUGUGGUGUCAGGAAUUGAGUCCCUUGCUGCAGGAUAUCCAGUCUCUCACCCGGUCAUGGCUGUGAUUUUUUUUGUGUGUGAUUGGUCCAAUUGAGUUUCUGGUCAGGAUUCAUCUCCCAGAAUGUUGAUGGUAAUGACAUUGAAUAUCAAGGGUUGAUGGUGAUUGGAUUGGUUUAUUAUUGUCAGAUGUACCAAGAUAGCUUUUGUUUUUCCUACCAUCCAGACAGAUCGUGCCACACAUUUGUGCUCUCAAUCUUUGGUAUCUUCUGUCUGACAGGAGAGGGGAGAAGAAAGAAUGACCAGGGUGGGAGGAGUCCUUGAUUGUGUUAGCUGUUCUCCUGAGGCAGCAGGAAGUGUAGACAGUCAAUGGAGGGGAGAUUGACUGGGCUGCGUUCAUAACUCUCUGCAAUUUCCUACGCUGUUGGGCAGAGUGGCUGCCAUACCAAGCUGUGAUGCACCUGGAUAGGAUGCUUUCUAUGGUGCAUCUGUAAAACUUGGUGAAAGUCAUCGGGGUCAUGCUUAAUUUCCUUAGCCUUCCUAGUGUGCUUUCCCAGCUGAACUAGGACAAAUUGUUGGUGAUAUUUACACCCAGGAACUUGAAGCACUUAACUAUCUCCACCUCGCCACCAUUGAUACUGACUCCACCCUGCUUCCUGAAGUCAAUGACCAGCUCCUUUGUUUUGCUGACACGGAGGGAAAGGUUGUUGUGGAGAUGAUCACUUCUGUGGUAAGGAUGUUGUUUGCCACUUAUCAGCCCAUGCCUGACUGUUGUCCAGAUCACAAGACCACAAGACAAGGAAGCAGAAGCAGGCCAUUCGGCCCAUCGAGUCUGCUCCAAGGAAAGGGAAAUAGAAAUGG